AUGCUGACGCGCGGCGGCGGCAGCUGCUGCAGGUCGGCGGCGGCAGCUGCUGCAGGUCGAGCGGCGGCUGCUGCUGCAGGCUCGGCGGCGGCAGCUGCUGCAGGCUCGGCGGCGGCAGCUGCUGCAGGUUCGGCGGCGGCAGCUGCUGCAGGGUCGGCGGCGGCCGCAGAUGUAGGCUACGCGGCGGCAGCUGCUGCAGGUCGAGCGGCGGCUGCUGCUGCAGGGUCGGCGGCGGCCGCUGCUGUAGGCUCGGCGGCGGCUGCUGCUGCAGGGUCGGCGGCGGCAGCUGCUGCAGGCGCGGCGGCGGCAGCUGCUGCAGGUCGAGCGGCGGCUGCUGCUGCAAGCUCGGCGGCGGCAGCUGCUGCAGGUCGAGCGGCGGCUGCUGCUGCAGGCUCGGCGGCGGCAGCUGCUGCAGGCUCGGCGGCGGCUGCUGCUGCAGGUUCGGCGGCGGCAGCUGCUGCAGGGUCGGCGGCGGCCGCUGCUGUAGGCUCGGCGGCGGCUGCUGCUGCAGGUCGAGCGGCGGCUGCUGCUGCAAGCUCGGCGGCGGCAGCUGCUGCAGGUCGAGCGGCGGCUGCUGCUGCAGGCUCGGCGGCGGCAGCUGCUGCAGGCUCGGCGGCGGCCGCUGCUGUAGGCUCGGCGGCGGCUGCUGCUGCAGGGUCGGCGGCGGCCGCUGCUGUAGGCUCGGCGGCGGCUGCUGCUGGUCGCGUGACAAACCCUAAGCCGCGCACGGGCGGCUAG